AUGCAGGUAGCAGAGAUUCUAUCCGAUGUUACAUCUCUACGAGUUUGCGGCCACAACGAAGCCCUUUCUCUAGUCAGUGCCAACCAUUCAAUCGCAGGACCAAAUGACUCUACUGCGAACAAUGGUGUGGAACAAAGUGGCUCCGAUAUGAAAAGGCAAGAGGAUCUGCGACGCGCAAAGGAACUUGUCAAGUUCCAUUACGAGGUCAAAUCAAGGCAUGCGAACGGAGAAGUGGAUGAUGGUUUGAAGAAUGCGCGACAAAAUGUGGACCAGGUUUUGAAAGAGCUAUUAUAG